AUGGCAACUCAAGCACGUCCAACAUCCCUCAGUAAAAAAAGGAAACGAGACGCUCUGGAGGAAGAUACAAACGACCUGCAGACGCGGAUAACCUGCAUGCAGACCUCCCCAGGCGUCAGCGGCCCAGCUUUCGCCCUUUUCCCGGCCGUUUUUCCCGCAGAAGAUACACUCUUCUCUGCGUUCACGGACGAUCUGGCCACGACGGUGGAUGCUCCAAAAUGCAAGAGCCUCAUCGGUGGCGAGACUGCCAACAUACUAUACACGAGCUUCAACAAGGACAAAGUGGAGCCGGCUAAUGAAUGCCAAUAUUUGGUUGCCAUUCGCAAUAGGCGUACGAACGAACUUGUACUGAGUCCAGGACCUCUGUACAUCGUGAGUCACCAAGUCAAGGUACUACAAUCGCUCGAUGGUGGAUCGCAAGGGUUGCAGGAGCAUAUGGUAGCCCGAAACCAGCUUGGGGAGGCAUUUGGGACCAAGAAAGCAAAGGCAGCGCUUCGCACAGCGGAGAGAAAUAAAGUAGAUGUUACUGCUAUGGCUGGCGUUUCCAAUUUGCUUCAGACAUCUAUCGAGGCGAAGACGGAUUCACUCCCACAAUUAGCAGACGGCUCUUCGGAGCAUAGUCACAACCGUCAUAUUCCUCGUUAUAAUCAAGAUGCACAAAGUCCAGCAGAGAUUUACCCACUUGACUCUGUGAUAUCCGAGCCAGAGUUCGCUGCUAUCUCCUGGAAUUUGAUACGGCCAGAGUCUCUUCCAUAUAGGAAAAGUACUUGGGUCAAUGAACGUCUCAGACGGAAGGAGGGCAAACCAUCCAAAUAUGAAAAGUCAAUACAAAAAGUAGUUUUCUAUGUUUCGGCGAUGUUUUACUUUCGGAGAGUAGCCACACGAGCGAUGAAACGGGAAGACCUUCGCGAAAAAUUGGCGAUCCUGCCAGAUGUGAUCGUCGAAUCCCUCGUCUCGCGUUUCACAGAGGCGGUUAGGGGAAAUGACACCGUUAUUUCAACCCCUCAGAAGGAGGCGGAGUUGCUGACCCAUCUUCUCGUCUUGUGCCUCCGAGUGGACAACUUCUUAUGUGAUCCCAAGAUUCUUGCUGCAGAUUUGAGCAUGUCAUUGAGCAGUGUCCAAGGAUUGUUCAAAAGCCUUGGUUGCAUUAUUGCUGUACCCUCAAAGGCCGAACAGAGCAUGGGACAGACGAGUGACCAAAAGAUGGCCAUCUUACGUACUCCAUUCAAGUUGCCGACCCCCUCUAGGCGCAAACGAGUAUAA